GGGAUCCCAGGAAGGAGGGUGCUAGUGGGCACUCAGAGGAUCCCAGGGCAGGCAGCUUUCACGGAGGUAUUAUUGAUAGUGUCGUAUAUCUUGAUGAAUAAAACCAAAACAGCCACUGUGUUCAUUCCAGUGAUCUUAAUGAUAGAAUCCUUCAUCUUUUUUUUCUUCAUUUUUGCGAAUAUGCUGGCAUUCCCAAGAUAUUUAACAAAGCUGAUCUGGCCUGUUUUUGAUAUGCUCAAUGACUUUUUUGCAUUUAUAUACCUUGCCUAUGCAGGCUUCUAUUCAAUAAUUUACCCACCAAGCACUAUGGACAAACUAUACUGGCAAACAGCUUGUCAUGAUUUCCGUUUCCCUCAAAGAAAGGAGGGUAAGGGGGACGAGAGGGAGAGAGGGCUCCCAAUCCUGCAGCUGCCAUGUGGCCCCCAGCCGACCCCGAACCCGCCGGGGCCCCAGAUGGCCCCCAGACCCAGAGCCUGAGAACUCUGCUCCCCACGCGGGAGUUCUUGUGCUCCCGCAAGGGCCGGCUCCUCCUAGGAGAAUCGGCACUCUCUUUCAUCAUCUUUAUCUGCUACAUCGUGUCUGCGGCGGCUCCUUUCCUCACCGUGCCCCUCUUGAUGCUCCUGCUGGCCCUCUGUUUCCUCUUUGGCUACUUCAUGAAGAUCAAUGAGAAGUUCCCAGGGAUGUGCUGGCCUCUCUCGGACGUCCUUCGCUGUGUCACGGCUAUCAUCCUCUACUUGGUCAUCUCAAUCACUGCCAUCUCCAAAUAUUCAGAUGGGGCUGCCAAGACAGCUGGAGUCUUUGGCUUCAUUGCCGCAAUCGUGUAUGUCUUGGAUCUCUACAUCAUCUUUAAUGAUCUGGCCAAAUUACUCAAACAAGGAAAUGCUGCCAAUGACACAGCAGCUGAAAAAUCAGAAGAGGAAGACUCCAACUCUGAUUCCGACUGACAACCGGCCAGCUUAGACGGCACUACUGUUCAAGCCACCAAGGGAAUCUUAGUGGGCGCUCUCAUUUUUCAGCCUCCAAGUGUGCGCCAGCUGGGAAUGAGGCUUUUCCUUCCUGCAUUGGACAUUGCCUCUCAUCCCUCCUAUGUCAGUUUCCUGAGGGCCUGUGGCUGUGGAGAACAAUGCAACUCUCAACUCUCCCCCCUCCCCACUCUAUCCUCCACACAGAUUGUGAUAAGUUGUUGCCAUCUGUGCUCUGCACGCCUUUCUCAUGUUGAAGUGUCUUUUCAGUAUUGGGUUUCCUCACCAGUCUUUGUUGAGCAGAGCUAACUCUACAAAAACUUGAGUUUUAGACUUAAAAUAAUGGAGAACUCACUUAACACAAAUGUCUCUCCCCAACCAUUGAGCCAUUUAGACUUCUGUGUCAGAGAUGAAUAUGAUGCAAUCAAUGAGGGCCUUAGUGUAUACCUGCAUUCAGGUCCCACAGUGCCAUGUAAAGUCUUCCUACCUCGAUUUUUACCAAGCAUUUUAUAUUACAUGUGAUAGUGAGUAUCUGUUGGGGAAUCUUUGUACCCCUUGGGGAUUGACUGUCCCCAGGAAUUUUCACUGCAACACACGCAACCAGGCUUAUCAAAAGAUUAAUAUCUGCCAAGGAGAGUUCCAUUUUCUUCCAUUAAAAAACUCUACCUCCUACUGUCCCCUUAUGAGACAGAGGAGGAAAACUGAGACCCAGAUCACACAGGGAGUCACAUUUCUUAAAAGUUUAUUGUUGUGUCUUAGGUGGCCACCCGCCUUUAAGACAUACCUGGUCAAUGACAAUGAACAAAACUAUUAGCCUUCCCAUGCCUCCCAGCAACUCUAAGCCUGCAUGCUGCUGAUGUGCGGUUGACCUGCAUCAGUAGACAGUUUCCACAGAGUGAGGGGCCUAUACUAAUUAAGUCACAGGUUUGUUCUUCAUCCUGACAUAGCAAUCAAUAACCAUUUAUGAAGCACCUACAAUGUACCACAGACUGUGCUAUGUACAUAGACCUCUUCUCCUUCUCUGUCUCUUUUUCUCUCUCCAUGAGCACACACACAAGCAUACACACACACACACACACACACACACACACAGCCAUGAGGCAGUACCCACUUGAGGCAUUUGACAUUUUGAGUAAUAGUGGUCUAAGAAUCUAUUAUUAGACAGUUCUUUUCUCCAUGUUCUGGCUACACGGGGACAAUUCUGAAAUCUUUCACUUCAGACAGCGGAUGCUCAUCACUACAUCGGGACCUGUACAAACACAUCUAAUUCCAGAUGUGAAGGUUGCUGGAAUAUAGUUCUAAUAGACUAGCCUAAGGAAGUAAGCUGUCAUCCUUCAAUAGGAAAGGACACCAUCCCAGCCCUAUUCAAAAGAGACAGUACAAAUAUGAAAGACUUAUUAGAGCUGGGAGGGACCUCAGAAACGAGGUGAUGAAUAGAUAUAUCAGCAGUUUGCAUUACUUCAGGACUCUAAGGCCUUCUUCACAACAGCCCAGUGAAUGAGGUGGUACAAGUAUAUAUUAUCCCCAUUUGACAGGUAAAGAAACAAACUCAGGGGAAAGAAAAUCGGCAGCAGAAUCACGAGAUGGCUGUUGAUAGCCAAACCCUUGUUCCGAAUGGGUGCCUGCUAGCAGGCUAGGGGCACUCAGGGGGCAUAGAAGACCAAAGUACUGUGGAAAUGACAACAUAGCCAAUGACUUUCUCCAGGGAUGAGAAAGACCAUUUUUAAUCAUUUCAGGAAACUGUGAUAUUGUCUGUAUUUCUCUCUCUCAAACAAGACGUUAUCAUCUUUCAAAACAUUUUUAUAUAAAAUUUAAGCCUAAAAGCUUUCAAUAUUCAAAAGCAGUCACCUAAGUAAAUGGCAUUUGCUAUGACUUGAGAACUAAUAUGAAUGUUUAAGUGCCUUUGAUUUGUAAAGUUUUUCACUUGUCAAUAUACUGCAUGUCAAUCGACUAUCCAUGAAAAGUCAAGAUGGAUUAAACCAUAGUGACUA